UGAAAGAAGCAAUCACAUGAAGUGAGGGUCAAUAUUAAUAACAAUACACUGGAAUAACAUUGGACGGAAUUCUUUGAAGAAAAGAUGAGCCAAGGGGGGGUAUGGUUGAAAGUAUCAAAUUGAGAAAUUGCCGUGUUUCGUACAUGGAAGUGAAGAGCAAGUACGUAUGUAAACAUGUCAUGCUCCAAUUUUAAACAACAGGAUUAGACCAACUUUACUGUAAAAUGAACGGUAGCUUCAGCGAAGGUCGAUAUUUUGCAAGUCCAUCCAAUUUCACGUCGUCCUUUCAAAUAAUCGAACGUUCGACGGCUAAUGGCCGUUCGACUGGGAGAGAAAGUGUAACCUCAAGCAUUAGUAGAUUUGAAAGUUGUAUUUUGGGAAGACAGGUCGUCGAACCGCAGAAGAAGCAUACGUUGUACAAAAUCGAAGUAGACGGUGGUUUUCAAAAGUGGUACAUUUAUCGGCGUUAUCGAGAUUUUGUGCUUCUCAAUAAGAAGCUGAGAAAACUGUUUCCAAACUUCCUACUUACUCUCCCAUCAAAAAGAAUGAUUGGGAACAAUUUCAAUAAAGACUUUAUAAGGAGGAGACAGGAAGGACUUGACGAGUUUGUACGAAAUAUUUUACACCACCAUGAAUUAUGUCAAAGUGACCCUGUUUUGCAAUUCUUCCGUUUUGAAAAUCCUCCGCUGCCAAUGGAGAGCCUGGAUGCUUGUCAGAAAUACUGUGAAGACUUGGAACAGACAGUAGUUGAGCAGAAACACAGAAUUCGUGAUCUUGAGGACGAGAUAAAUACCUUGACAAAUGACUUGGAUAAAAGUUUUCAUCAUCAGAAAGAAGCACAAGGACUUGCCACACAUUUUGAGUCGCAAUAUUCAACGCAAGGAAGUCAGUUGCAGGAAUUGAAUGUCAAAUUAAACAUGGCUCAUCAGCAUGAACUGGAAGCAAGGCAGGAGGUGGAAAACUUAAAACACGAAAUGCAAACGGAGCGUACUCGUGUUCGAGAAGCGCGUGAUAUUGAAAAACACAAGCAAGAACAGUUGUUAGAAGAGAAAUGGUCAGAGUUUCGUAGCGUUACUGGAGAUGUAAAUAAGCAACUCGACAACCUGAUGACGUCAUUCAGUCGAUUGUCUAAUGUUAGUGUCAGUUACGCCGGGGAAAGUUUUGAGUUUAAACCUGCUGAAACGAUGGCGAAACACACAGAAAAUUUGAAGAAGGCAAUCGAGGUUACCAGAAAGCAACAGGAAGAUAUUUAUAAGAAAAUGAUGAAGAUGUAUAAUAAAGAAGUGCAAGACCUCAAAGCCGAACUCGCUCGAGAGGAUUUCAUAGCUCUGACACGGACCCAAGAUACUGAAACUCUUAGAGCAGAAGUAAAAGAAAUACAAUUUAGGCACACAAAGGACAUGAUGCAAAAAGACGAAAUGAUUUACGAACUGCAGCGGCAGCUUUCAAUAUCACAAUCCAACUCUAUCACAGUUGAACAGAAAUACUUUUAUGCGCUUGUACUGGGAGUGAAGCUGAACAUGGCGAUUUGUGGCUUUACAAUGGAUAAAUUUAACUGGAUGACACCUCAGAGCUUAUACAAUCGUGCCAAAGCAAGUGGUGUUGACAUUGAAAGUUGGCCAAGAUGGGUUUCCCAAGAAAUUGCAUCUUUUUCCACCCCUUCUUAGGAAAUUAGGAAUUGGACAAAAUGGAAAUAGACUCCGAUUGUAAAUUCUAUAAAUUUUAUGAAGUAACGCCUUGCUUCAGUUGAAUCACCGCUGAAAUGUACUCACGGCGCAAGAAAAAUUGGCGGGAAUUUAUUCACAAACUAUGUACAUGGCUGUCUUCAGGUGGGGAAGAAAAGCACUAAAUUCACAAAAACUAGGCAAAUACACCCAGGAAAUCCAUUUAAAAAUUCGCAGUAGUCAUGGAAAGGGUAAGUAGCUCGUUCAUGUGAAGUUUUUUUCACGUUUUUGCAGUUUUACUGACAAUAAUUUUGAAUUUUACCGUCGAAAAAAACAAACUAUGCCAGGAGAAUACGUAUUUAGCUUUUCGAAAAAGUAUUUUGUUUAUCAAAUGCAAUUCGCUUCAAAUCAUUUCGUAAUGACCAGAAUACAACAAAAACAAAGGUGUGUAGUUUAUGGUGGUAAUGUAGUUAUUGUAAGCUAUAAAUAUAAGUAAUAUAAUAUUUUAACUUAUUUAAAAGUUGUCAAUGUUUUAAAGACUAGUGACUCCUGGAUUGUUGAAUUUGUUUGUGUGCAGUACUUUUUAGUAUCUUUAUGAUUCUUGUACUGAUUUUAUUCAAAAGAUUUUUCAAAAAAAGUUAACAUUAGUACAGUAUGGAAUUUCAACAAUUUGUUUCUUGCCUAAUACUAAGUCAAAUAACUUGAGAGGCUUUUUAUCAAUGUUAGCAAGUUGACCUCUGUUCAACUUGUGAGGUCUUUAAAAGAAGUAGAAGUUUCCAAUAUUUGUUUCACAUGUUACAACACCAAUAAUUUUCACCUAAAAAUAUGACUUCAGGGUGAUUUUGUAAUUUAUCCUGAACAUAUGGCAUUUCUAUAGUAAGGAUAUUUCAAUAUGAAACUUUAAGAAUAAGUUGAUAUUUUACAAAUGGUAAAUAAAUUAAUAGUUUUACAAAUAAUUUAACGUAGCUAUUCUGAAGAUAAUGAAUACAAUCAAACAGGAAAAGAAAUACUAUUUAUAAUUUUUGUGAAUAUAUAUGCCAAAUUACAAUUAGUAAAAUUAUUUAAGUUUGCAAAACUGUCUUACUUUAAGAGACAAUUUCAUCAAAAUUGUUAAUUUCUUGUCUUCAAAAGAGGAAGAAGUUGUAUUUAUAUUUUAUCUUUCAACAUGCCAUCCUUGGGUUUUGUUUGAAGCAUGGCAUAAAAGAGGGCAUAUAUGGCCAAGAGAGAAACAAGAAUAAUCAUACAGUACAACAAUACCGUCUAGACAAAACAAAAGAUUAAAUUUUGUUGAAUCUCUGUUGUGA